UCUCAACUUUAACGCUCCGUGUGCGCGCCUGUCUGUCUGCGCGCGCGUGCGUGUGUGCUGGUCCUCAGUGGGAUGAGCUGUUAGCACGCUGACACGCGCACGCGAUACAGAACGAGGACACCGGAGUAAUCGUACCAGGCUCUAAAAUAUGUGCCCGAGCAGCCGAAUACAGGUCCUGGUAGCUAUCUUGCUGAGUCAAGUGGACCACAGCUUUGCUGGACAGGAGAUCCAGGCUGAUCAUGAAACCCUAAUGAAGAUCAAUGCUGCAGGGGAAAUGAUGAGAUGCUCUGCAGCUAUGGAUAUCAUCUUUUUAAUGGACGGCUCAUACAGUGUUGGGAAGGGAAGCUUCGAGAGGGCCCGCCACUGUGUACUGAAACUGUGUGAGGCUUUGGACCUCGGCCCAGACAAGGUAAGAGUUGGAGUCAUUCAAUUUGGUUCAACUGCCAGAAUGGAAAUCUCACUAGACGCCUACACCAGCAAAGAGGAGCUGACCAAACACAUAAAGAAAAUACAGUACAGAGGAGGGAGCACACAAACCGGUCUGGCUUUCAAGUAUGUGAUGAGAAAAGGGUUCCUCGGCGGCCGGAAUUCCCCUGUGCCUCGCAUCAUGAUUCUCCUAUCUGAUGGAAAGUCCCAGGGUACAGUGCAUCCUGCUGCUUCUGACCUCAAGCAGUCUGGAGUGAUUCUCUAUGCCGUAGGCCUACGCUAUCCAAGAUGGGAAGAGCUCUACUCUCUGGCCAGCGCCCCCACGGAGAGCCAUGUGUUUUUUGCAGAGCAUUUCGGUGAUGCUGUGAAUGGAGUGUACACAAGCCUCACCAACUCCUCCAUCUGCACUGCUGUCCCUUCAGGCUGUCAGGCGAAGUCCUUCCCAUGCGCACGGAAGACCCUGGAGACGAUCAAAGAACUGCAGGGCAACUUUAUGUGCUGGAAGGGAUCGAAAGGCAAUUUACCAUACACCUCCUUAUGUCCAUACUACAGAUAUACCAGUGCUUACAAGGUACUGCCCACAGUAUGUCACAGAACAGUGUGCUCAGAUCCUUGUGAUUCCCAGCCGUGUCAGAAUGGUGGGACGUGUGUGUCUGAGGGACUAGAGAAAUACCACUGCCAGUGUCCUCCAGGCUAUGGAAGUGACCCCAACUGUGCUCCAGCGCUGUCCUUGGACUGCUCUGUCGAUGUGCUUUUCCUGGUUGAGAGCUCAACCAGCCUGACUCUGGAGGGGUUCCUGCGCUUUAAGUCCUUCCUAAAGCGCUUUGUGCAGACAGUUCUGAGUUCAGACACGCCUGUGAAGUUUGGCCUGGCCCAAUAUGCCAACGACGUAAAGAUUGAAGCCAGGAUCGGGCAGCACAGAGACCCAGUGAAGCUGCUUCAGGCUGUGGAGUCUCUCCAGUACCAGAGAGGAGAGGCUAAAACUGGGAAUGCACUGCUCUAUGUCACACGACAUGGCUUCCAGAGUUCUCCAGUGUAUGCUGAUGUUCAAGAUGACCUGCCUCGUGUGGUGGUGCUCAUCACUGGCACUCCAUCUACUGAUGCUGUAGUGGAGUCAGCUAAAUAUGCCAGAGAUAGAGAGAUCUUUAUCAUCGGCAUCGGGCCUGAUAGGUUGAAGGCUGAAAUCAACAACAUUACAGGAAACCCUCAGCGCACCAUCACUUACAGUUCGCCUGACAGACUAAAUGCAAAGAUCCCAGAACUUAGAGCCAAGAUCUGCAGUGUAGACACCCAGGGGUGUCUACGUCAGCCAGUGGACCUGGUCUUUGUUCUGGACAGCUCGGGAAGUGUUGGAAAAAAUAACUUUGUUUAUCUGCAGGAAUUUGUCCGCAGCAUCUCUGUGCAAUUUGACAUAAACCGUGACUUGACUCAGGUAGGGCUGGUAGUGUAUAGUCGACGGCCUGUCUCUGUCUUCGAACUGGACACUCAUGCGUCAGGCUCUGCAGUGCUCAAAGCAGUAGGAGAAGCAUCCUAUCUGGGUGGAAAGGCCUCUACUGGAUCAGCUCUGCUCCAUGUGCAGUCUCAUAGUCUGACUGUUUCCAAAGGGGCCAGGCCAGGUGUUAACAAGGUUGUAGUUGUGAUGACUAACGGCACAGGGGCAGAGGAUGCGGCGGUGCCAGCCCAGAAGAUUCGAGACGAUGGUGUGUCUGUGUUUGUGAUUGGCACUGGAGCUGUGCAGCACGAGCAUCUCCUGCGCAUUGCUAGUUCUGAAAAUCACAUCAUCACUGUGCCUUCCUACGAAGACCUGAAGUAUGUUGAAGAUGUACUAGUGCAGAUGGUGUGCGCAGAUGCGAAGAAGCCUGUGAAUCUGUGCAAGCCCAACCCCUGUAUGAAUGCUGGUGUGUGUGUCCGACUGAGCAGAAGCUAUCGCUGUGAAUGCCAGGGAUGGGAGGGACCACACUGCGAGACACGAAUCAGGCAGCAGCCGUCCAGAGGAGAUCUCCCAAGACCUGCACCACUGAGACGCCGGCACAGAAAGAACAUUAGAGACCCGCAGCAGCGCUACAGAGAACACCGCGGGAGACAUGCUAGCUGAUUACCGUUUAGAAAGGCUUACUAUAAGCUCUCUACUACAGGAAACUGGAAAUACCGGGGGAUCUCCAGCCUCCCUGCAGCUCCUAUUCAGCACAGUCUCCGUUGUCAUUACUCUUGACAACUAAACAUAUCAUUACACUUGCGUACAGUGAUGGAGCAGCAGCAGGCAGAACCUCUUUUUUUUCAUAUAGAUUUUAAAGACCUGUCUUUAUUAAGCCAAUUUAAACCUGUGGAUGUGAAAGCAGCACAUCAUUACUGUUACUCUCCCAAACAAGUGUACAAUCAUUUUAAAGAGGUGCUUUGUCUCUGUAAUUUUAUAUAAAUACUCUAUAAUGCAGCAGAUAAUUUUUCAGUGUGGUCUGUUUUUACCUAAUAACUUUUUUUGAGAUAAAUUUUAAACCUAUACAAUAUAUACUGAAUGAAUGCCUUUGUUUUUGUUCUGUUUAUGAACACCACAUCUUUGAUAUUCAGAAGAGUUUUGGGACAAAGCUCCUGUCAAGACCCCUGUUUUUACAUAUUUAUUUUAUAUGCCUAAGAAAAUUAAUUAAAAGCCCUUUUUUCUUAUGAAAUCUACGCUUUGUGAUUUGUGUGUAUAUAUGAAUAGUAUAUAGAAAUUAUACUUGUUUUAUAGUGCCAUCUACUGGAAAAAAUGAUUUUAAACAAUGUUGUCAGUAUUAUGAAUAGCAUCAACAUCAGUAGUAUAUGGUAUUCUGCUGCUGUCAUGUAAAAGCUGGAACAUGUUUUAGAACUGAUUUUUAUUGGAAUAAAAAAGUGCAUAUUUUACCUAGUAUACAGCCAAAUCCAAACAGCUCUGUAUAAAUGUAUUUACAUCUAGGCUACCAGCAUACAUGAAUUAAAGCUACUGUCUAGACUGCACCACAUUGUUAACUAUAGUAGGCUCUUUGCUUUUUGUCUUUUCUGAGUUGUAACAAAAAAAACACAUGCCUUUCCAAAAUGUUCUCCUCAUUGUUAUAAAAUAUACAUUUUAAAAAUAUUUUAUAAAAUAUGGAAUCCCUCCCUUUUCAUAUAAAAAAAAAAAUUAAAUAAAUCGAUUUAACAGUG